AUGGAAGCCCCUCACCCCUCCCCAUACCCCGCCGCAUCAGGCCCAAGCCUGCCCCUCACACCUAUUCUCAGCUGCCCACCGCCCCUGGACCUGGGUCCUGGACAGUCCCCCACUUACUGGGAGGCGCUGUGGCCUGACCUCAUGGCCUUCUCCUCCUCUGGGACCCUGAUUCCAGACAGCCUGGGCUCUGACCCGGACCCAGACAGACUCCUGGACGGGGCGCAGUGGCAGCAGCCCUUCCUGGACCUGGAGGCUGAGCACAGUAUGGAUGUGAUCCUGGUGGGCUCCAGCGGGCGGUCAUCCCCCUCUUCAGUCCAGCUGGGCAGAGAUCUCAUUGCCUAUGAAGUCACCGUGAACCAGCGAAACAUAGAAGACAUCUGCCUCUGCUGUGGAAGCUUCCAGGUGCACACGCAGCACCCCCUGUUUGAGGGGGGAAUCUGUGCCCCGUGCAAGGCCAGGUUCCUGGAGGCCCUGUUCCAGUACGACGAGGACGGCUACCAGUCCUCCUGCUCCAUCUGCGGCUCGGGGGAGACGCUGCUCAUCUGCGAGAACCCGGACUGCACACGGUGCUACUGUCUGGAGUGUGUGGACACCCUGGUGGGCCCGGGGACUGCGGGCAGAAUCCUCGCCAGGAGCAGCUGGGUGUGCUCCCUGUGCCUGCCCUUCUCACGGAGUGGGCUGCUGCAGCGCAGGAGGAAGUGGCGUGAGCGGCUGAAGGCCUUCCAGGAUCGCGAGGCGGCGAGUCCCCAGGAGAUCUAUAAAACCGUGCCAGCCUGGAAAAGGGAGCCAGUGCGGGUGCUGUCCCUCUUUGGGGACAUCAGGAAAGAGCUAACCAGUCUGGGGUUUCUGGAACCUGGCUCCGAGGCGGGAAGACUGAGGCACCUGGAGGACGUCACCGACAUUGUGCGCAGAGAUGUGGAGGAAUGGGGCCCCUUCGACCUCGUGUACGGCUCGACGCCCGCCCUGGGCCACGCCUGUGACCAUUCUCCUGGGUGGUACCUGUUCCAGUUCCACCGCCUCCUGCAGUACGCGCGGCCCCGGGCGGGCAGCCCGCAGGCCUUCUUCUGGAUGUUUGUGGACAACCUGCUGCUGACUGGGGAUGAGCAGGCCAUAGCCGCUCGCUUCCUGGAGACAGAGCCCGUGAUCCUCCAGGACGUCCGCGGGAGCGCCCUGCAGAAUGCCGUGCGCGUGUGGACCAACAUCCCCGCUGUGAAGAGCAGGCACUCGGCCUCUGAAGAGGAGCUCCUGCUGCUGGCUCAAGAUGGACAGCGAGGGACGCUGCCUGCCCAGGGCCCAUCUGCGCUCGUGAAGAACUGCUUUCUUCCCCUACGAGAAUAUUUCAAGUAUUUCUCUCAGAACGCACUUCCUCUUUAUAAAUGAGCCAUUAUACAACGACGAAGGGCUCUCCUAGAACCCCCUCUUCUACCUGUGUUCUCCCCCAAUCACUCUCACUUGCUUGGCUCUGGAUGUCCCGCGAUGCUCCAGACCCACCUCCUGUUUGGUUCGAGUCGCAGGCUCUCCUGGGCUCCGUUUCUGGGUUUGGGGAGAGGAGCCAGGUGCCCUGUGUGGUGGACGGGAUCCUGAUGUGACCGGGCACCCGAGAGCACAGUGUUCCCACUGAGAAGUUCAAUAGAUGUGUCA